CCCAGGAUGCAGCGCGGCGGUCCCCGGCCCGCGUUAAGAUGGCGACUCCCAUGCACCGCCUCAUCGCUCGGAGAAAGGCGGAAGCAAAUAAGCAGCAUGUGAGGUGCCAGAAGUGUUUAGAAUUUGGACACUGGACUUACGAAUGCACAGGAAAAAGAAAAUACCUGUACAGGCCUUCAAGAACUGCAGAAUUAACAAAAGCUUUAAAAGAAAAAGAAAACAGAUUGCUAUUGCAGCAAAGCAUUGGAGAAACUAAUAUAGAAAGGAAGACAAAGAAAAAAAGGUCUAAGAGCGUCACUAGCUCAAGUAGCAGCAGUAGGGCCAGUUCAGCCAGCGAUUCUUCUUCAGAGAGCGAAGACUCCUCUACGUCUUCCUCUUCGGAUGAGAGCGAUAGUGAGGAGAGUUCUUCCAGCUCGUCUACCUCCCGCUCUUCAACAAGUUCCUCCUCUUCCGACUCCGAAUCAGAUUCCAGCUCUUCCACCAGCAGCAGCUCCAGCACAGACAGCAGCUCUGACGAUGAGCCACCAAAGAAGAAGAAGAAAAAAUAGAUUUGUUGGAAAUGCCUCUGACCGUCCUGGACUGAUGUUACUAAAUGCUAGUGUAUUUCUCCAAGUUGGGGGUUAGACUAGGCUAUUGCCAAUAGAUUACCUGGCCAGAGUUUCUACAUGUAAAGGUUUCUAAAUGUCUUACACGUAGCAAGGGAAUAAAGUAUUAUGUAUGUACAAAGUAUAUUAUUGAUUUUAAGGGAGUUUUGUUUCACUUUUAUCAUGGAAAAAAUAUAUCUUCAGAGUUUAAUUGCGCAAAGCUGAGGUCCAGUAAAUCCACUGUUUACGUGCUGAAAAGUAGAACCUUUCCUCAUUGUGAAAUACCAUUUGUUUGUCCUGUGUUUAUGGAACUUCCACUUAUUUUGUAGGAUUACCCUAAAAACAAGUGGGAUAUGUAUUAUGCUGCUGAUCUCAUGUUCUUACGUUAAAUGAAAAUUAAUAUACUGAUACUUUGAGAGACAUUGCCAUACUAUUGUGAACAAACUAAUUCUGUUGAAGUGUCCGGUUGUUUUUUGUUUUUUUAAUCCGGGGAAAUUUCCAGUCAAAGGUGAGUUCUAACGAGACAUCGAUUGUAGUUCUUAGAGUUGCUUGCAUUUCUCACUCUGCAAAGUUAUGAUCACAAUUCCAUUUUCUCCUGGUUCCUAAACUCCCCAAGCCAUAUUGCUGUAGAGCGAGAAUGCCAGCCAUUGACAGUGUUUGUCCCGGACACGCUGAAAUAGAUGGGAAAAGAAAACCGAAGUUAAUCUUGGUGCCUUUUGACAAAUUCAGUUUCUCUAAGAGAAAUAGGACAAGUGAAAGGUAGGUCUCAAAUAGAUGUAAUUUUCUCUUUUACAUGAAUAUAAAUGAGAGCCUAAGGCAUUAAUAGAAGCAUUUAAGCUAAAAAUGGCACCAUUAUAGGUGGGAGGGAAAGAGGGUCGUUUUCAGAAAAUUGUUGUCUUUUUAUUCAAUAAAACCCAAAAGAAGACUAA